CACAGUGCAGCAACACAAACUGAAAAGAGUGAGGGAGAGCGCGCCAGAGAGGAAACAAUCGACUGACAAAUACCGUAGGCGAAAAAAAAAAGGUUCGAACCUGUAGCUGGUGGCGCUGCUUCCCCUUUGCCGCCGUAGCGCCGGCCAUGCUCACGGUGUCUCUCCUAGACGCGCAACUCGCUCGGUGCUCCUCCGCGCGCCAUCUCCUCCAGAUUCACGGCCAGUUCAUCGCCUCCGGCCUCCUCGCCGAUGCCUUCGCCGCCAGCCGCCUCCUCCUCUUCACCUCCGCUACCCGCCUCCUCCCGCUCCCCAUCCACCAUUCGUUCCGCCUCCUCCGACUCGUCCGCUGCCCCAACGCCUUCUCCUGCAACACGCUCCUCAAGGCGGCCCUGCUCGCUGGGACGCCGCACCUCUGCCUACCACUCUACACCUCCCUGCCGGCGUCCCCCGACGCCUACACCCACCCCAUCCUCGCCGCCGCCUGCGCGGCCAGGAGGGACGUGAGUGAAGGCAGGCAGGUGCAGUCACACGCUAUCAGGCACGGGUUCGGUGAUGAUUUGUACCUCAGGAACGGCCUGAUGCAUAUGUACUCUGUUUGCGGCUGCCUCAGGGACGCACGCAUGGUGUUCGACGCAGGUCCCGUGUGGGACGCUGUUUCGUGGAACACCAUCCUGGCUGCCUACGUGCAUGCUGGGGAUGUUGAUCAGGCGGUUGGGGUGUUCGCACGGAUGCCAAAGCGGAAUGCCACAGCGGUGAGCUCCAUGGUAUCAUUGUUUGGGAGGAGGGGUAUGGUGGACGAGGCAAGAUGGGUGUUUGACGAGGCUGAGUGCAGGGAUAUUUUCACGUGGACUGCCAUGAUUUCUUGCUUUGAGAGGAACAACAUGUUUGCAGAGGCGUUGCAUAUGUUCUCGUGCAUGCGUCGAGAGAUGCGGCCUGUGGACGAGGCGCUGAUGGUCAGUGUGGUGGCCGCUUGUGCACAGUCAGAGGUGAUUCGAAAUGGGGAACUGUGCCAUGGACUGGUUAUCAGGGCUGGCCUUUGUUCGCUGCUAAACAUUCAGAAUGUGCUGAUCCACAUGUACUCAUGUUGCCUGGAUGUUGUUGCAGCACGGAGGUUGUUUGACAGCGGUGACUGCUUGGACCAGUUCUCCUGGAACUCGAUGAUAGCAGGCUAUCUAAAGAGUGGUCAUGUCGAAAAUGCAAUGACAUUGUUCAGUGCAAUGCCUGACAAGGACAAUGUUUCUUGGAGUACAAUGAUUUCUGGUUGUGUGCAGAAUAACCAAUCCUCAGAUGCACUCACUGUCUUCGAUCACAUGCGAGCCCAGGGAGUCAGGCCGGAUGAGGUUACUAUCAUUAGUGUUAUAUCUGCAUGCACCAAUCUGUCUGCUCUGGAGAAAGGAAAGUCGGUGCAUGAUUAUGUAAGGCAAAACAAAUGUUACAUCAGUCUUGUACUUGGGACUAGCCUCAUUGACAUGUACAUGAAGUGUGGAUACUUGGAAGCUGCAAUGGAUGUCUUCAACAUAAUGGAAGAAAAAGGAGCACCUUGCUGGAAUGCUGUCAUUGUGGGGUUGGCCAUGAACGGCCUUGUGACGAAAUCCCUUGAGAUGUUCUCAGAGAUGGAAGCAUCCGGCACUGCCAUCCCGAAUGAGAUAACUUUCAUCGGAGUUUUGAGUGCUUGCAGACAUGCUGGCCUAGUUGAGGAGGGCCGCCACUUCUUCAAGUUGAUGCAACAGAAGUACCGAAUUGUGCCAAACAUCAGACACUAUGGAUGCAUGGUUGAUCUUCUUGGACGUGCUGGAUAUGUUAAGGAGGCUGAGGAUCUGAUUGAGAGCAUGCCCAUGUUACCUGAUGUUCCAGCAUGGGGUGCAUUGCUUGGUGCCUGCUGGAAGCAUGGUGAAAAUGAGGUUGGAGAAAGGGUGGGCAGGAAGCUUGUCAAUCUGGAUCCUCGCCAUGACGGGUUUCACACUAUGUUAUCUAACAUAUAUGCUAAAGAGGGGAUGUGGCAAUCAGUAAAUGACCUAAGGGACUCCAUGAAGCAACGACAUGUCCCAAAAGUUUCAGGAUAUAGUGUCGUUGAAAUGUCUCCUUCUUGAGAUUCUAGCAGUUGAUCGCACCUCAAAUGAAAAUCUUAGAUAGGUCCAAGUUGAAGCCUUACAAGAUUCAAAUAAAAUAUUCACAUGGCAUCAGCGACCAAAUUAUUUAUCUUUUAAACUUUUACCAAAGGGACAGAACUUUUUUUCUGAUCAACAAGAGGUGGAGGAAACAACAAAUACAAGAAUCUAUACAUAAUGGACGCAGAGGCCGGGGAGAACGCUGGUGAAGCGGAACGGAUAACAGAUGGCGAUUGGACUGGCACACACACACUGCCAAUGAUCUCCGAACAGAGACUGGAUCGUGUGUUCUCAUCAAACCAUGACAGGCCUGCGGAUGCGCCGGAGCUUGACCAUGGCCUAGACCCAGGGAACUUCGUUGUUUACUUGGUAAACACAAUCGACCGCUCUGUGGUGAGGGUAAUCCAGAGCGGGUAUGAUUUCUCCAGGCACGUGAACCAUCCAGUCUUCAGUCCAGAUGGGCAGAGCAUCGCUCUGACAUCGGACCUCGCUGCGGUGUCCGCUAACCCAAUGUCGCCUCCAAUCUUCUUGCACUCGCUGAGGCCCUACUGUGACAUCUUCACCGUUGAUAUCGACCCUGACGACAUGGAGGAGAACCAGGAUGUGGAGAAGUUUGCCCGCGUCACGCAUAACAGAUACGAGAACUCCACUCCUGCCUGGUCCGUGUUCUCGACUCAUGACCCGCAUGCACAGUGGAACCUCCUGGUCAUGGAGGAAAGUUACACCUUGUCGUGCCCGUAUGCAAAUUGACGGAGGUGAAAGUUGGCACAUGACAGGCCAGAUCUGCAUCCUGAAAAGGCUCUGUUUCUUGCUCGUUUGGGAUUCAUUUUUUGAGAUGUAUCUGGAAUUUCUGUUUGGAUUGCUGUUGAACAUUUGCAUUUUACACAUUUCAUCUUGCUGUAAUAAGACUUCAGAGUUUUAUACGAGGAUUCUGAAUUGAGUUCUCAGACAAGUUUCAGAAAAGUGUUGGUUUUCA